AUGCUUUCUUUAUUUCUUAGCUCAUUAGCUCAAGCAGCAAAGAGUCCAAAAGUCACAAAAACUGUAUACCUCGAAGUAGAAAUCGGUGGCAAAAAAGAAGGACGUAUUCACAUCGGCCUUUUCGGAAAUGAUGUAAAUAAAACGGCUGAAAACUUCCUUCACUUAUGCCUUUGCGAUCAGGGCAUAGGAACACAAGGCAAGCCACUUUGCUACAAAGGAUCUCCAUUCCAUCGCAUUAUUCCAGGUUUCAUGAUUCAAGGUGGUGAUUUCACACACCAAUCUGGCGUUGGAGGUGAAUCAAUUUACGGAAGACAUUUCGAUGAUGAGAAUUUCAAAGUCGAACACGAAGUUGGAGUCAUCUCAAUGGCUAAUGCUGGUCCAAAUACAAAUGGAAGCCAAUUCUUCAUUACAGUUGCUGCUACAAACUGGCUUAAUGGCCAUCAUGUCGUAUUCGGAAGAGUUGUUAAAGGCAUGGACGUCGUUAAAAAGAUCGAAAAGGUUGGUUCAUCAAGUGGAACACCAUCUAAGAAAGUUGUUAUUGUCGACACAGGACUUGUUGAAUAA